AAAAGAACAAAGAAGCCUCCUACACAGAGAAGAUGGGGUUAAGCCCAUUAUGAGAGACCAAUCACAACAAGAGCAUGCACUGCAAUUCUCUGCAGUGAAGCACAGAAACAAGUCAAGCUGUCAUUCUGCGAGAGCUGCCCUACAGCCACUGUGUAAAAUACUUCUCACUUUGGGAAGACUGGAUCUGAAUGUUGUCUCUGGAGACAUGAUGGCUUCAGCAUGUUAAAUUACUUUCAUUACGCAUUUUCAGACGUUUAUUGAUUUUCUGGAGCAGAAACAGAAGCAGAAACAGAAGCACCAGCCUCUGUAGUAGUAGCGGCAGCAGCAGCAGCAACAGCAGCCACCGCCACCAAACACUAGUAACAGGUUCACCACAUUUUUUUUUUGAACGGCAAGAAUUUCAGAACAGCUGGAUGAAAGUGGGGCAGGUUUCUUUAAAUCCCUGCUCCUCAAGUGCAGUUUUGGAUGUUCUCAGAAUGCAGGAUGCCUGGAAACAAAGGGGAUGGUGAAUCUGUGGUGAUCGGACUGCUUUAAGAGCUUGUAAAGAUGCAUUUCCAAAGCACUUCUACAGCAAGGAUAUACACAAUGAAGUAACUACAAAAGAUAAAGGCACCACUAAUCAAGGCUUUUAUAAUGGAUUAUGUCUUUACCGGCUCCAGAAAGUCCACUCGCUCGUACAAAUAAUGACUGUAUAAAUAAGGCUGGCUGUCUGCUCGAAACUCUAGCAGUCUUCUUACUUCUAAUACAGGGGCUUUCAUUUCCCCCUGAUGGAGAGAAUCUUUACCUGAACAAUUUCUCCAAAUCAGCCCUCCUCUGAAGCUGACAAGGUGUUCAAAGUGGAAGACGUGUAAUUCUUAUUUACAAUUCACUGCAUCUCAUUCCUGCAGCAGUCAAAAGGCUUUUAAUAUGGCAACACAAAGUAAAAGGACUAUGAAGAUCUACAUCAAUUAGCUGACUGAAGCUCCUCAGCUCACUCUGCGCCCUCAGCCUUAACACAAUUGCACGCAAAUCUUAUGCUCAGCUGACAAAGGGAUACAUUUCCAUCCUGGACUUAUAAUUAGCUCCUUUUACACUGUGACAGAAAAUAAACUGCUCUCUGAAGAACCUGGCUCUCCAUGUUUUUUUUAUAAACCGUGAAAACAAUCUCAUUGAACAAGUUUACAAAUAAAUAGUUUUUCCAACAUGAAACUUUUUUUUGAUGAGUAAGAAACUGGAUAAUAAAAUGCACACUUUAUUUGCUUGCUACAAAACGGAGAAUCCGACAUCUGUGAAAUUUACACAUACUCUUCACUAUUUAAGAGUUGGCUGCCUGGGAAUACAAUAUUUUUGUAAACAGGACAUGGCUUGGACAUUUAAUUCCUGAUCCUCUCAUCUAUCAAAUCUUUUGGCCAGAAAGCCUUGAGGACACAAGUUCCAUUCAUCUGGAACGUGAAAACACACUCAAACCAGGGAAGUGAAUGUCAAGCCUCGAAGAAUUAAAGAACCAAAUAAGUGUCCAGCAAGGUGAAGAGCAAAGCAAAUCGCUGUAGUGAACUAAAAGAAAAAAAAAUGGUUGGGUCUAAUGACAUCCUAUACAAACAACAGCAAACCAGCUUUAGCCCAUUUACAGCCUCCUGAGGCUAAGAAAACACUAAGGGGAAAGGAUAAUGCAUAUCCCCCCAGUGCUGGAAGUCACCAUGCAGUCGGAAAACAACGUUACUGUACGAGACAGUACUGAAUCCAUCAGCAGCAACAUGAAUCAGGCAUUGCCAUACCCACUGAGCUUUCAGGUUUCACUUACUGGCUUUCUCAUGCUGGAAAUUGUUUUGGGCCUCAGCAGCAACUUGACAGUGCUCGUCUUGUACUGCAUGAAGUCAAACCUGAUCAAUUCAGUCAGUAACAUUGUCACUAUGAACUUGCAUGUGCUGGAUGUCAUUAUUUGUGUGGGCUGCAUCCCCCUCACCAUCGUUAUUAUUCUGCUUUCCCUAGAAAGCAACACAGCUCUGAUCUGCUGCUUUCAUGAAGCCUGUGUCUCUUUCGCCAGUGUGGCGACCGCAGUCAACGUGCUUGCGAUCACUCUGGACCGCUAUGAUAUUUCGGUAAAGCCAGCAAACCGUAUCCUCACCAUGGGUAGGGCAGUCAUGCUGCUCACAAUCAUUUGGAUUGUGUCCUUCUUUAGCUUCCUGAUACCAUUCAUGGAGGUCAGUUUCUUCAACCUUCAAGGUGACAAAACAGAGCAAAACAAGACUCUCCCUGGCACGGACACCAACAGAUAUUACACUGAGCUGGGGCUGUAUUAUCACCUUCUUGCCCAGAUCCCCAUUUUCUUUUUCACUGCCAUUGUCAUGCUCAUCACGUAUUCCAAAAUCCUGCAGGCUUUGAACAUUAGGAUCGGUACCAGGUUUGCCACAGUGCAAAAGAAAAAAGCCCGGAAGAAAAAGACAAUAUCGAUGACCACGCAGCACGAAACCACCGACGUGUCGCAGAGCAGUGGAGGGCGUAAUGUCAUGUUCGGCGUAAGGACUUCGGUGUCCGUCAUCAUUGCUCUGAGGAGAGCUGUGAAGCGUCACCGCGAGAGGCGGGAGAGACAAAAGAGGGUUUUCAGGAUGUCCCUCUUGAUCAUCUCCACCUUCCUGCUGUGCUGGACACCAAUCACUGUUUUAAACACAAUCAUUUUAAGCGUGGGGCCAAGCAGUCUUCUGGUCAGGCUAAGACUUGGCUUUCUGGUGAUGGCUUAUGGAACCACAAUAUUUCACCCAUUGCUAUACGCCUUCACGCGACAGAAAUUUCAAAAAGUACUAAAGAGCAAAAUGAAAAAAAGAGUGGUGUCCAUAGUGGAGGCAGACCCCUUGCCUAACAAUGCAGUCAUUCACAACUCGUGGAUAGACCCAAAACGGAACAAAAAAGUGACUUUUGAAGAAAACGAAGUUAGGCAGAAAUGUCUAGCAAGCGAAGAAGUGGAAUAAGCAAAUUACAUGUAAAAUGCCAUUUACUCCAGUCAGGUAAUAAUGCAUAAUACACAAAUCACUCAUCCAAAGUAGUUAUGUAAAUACAACUGUAAUAAAUGUACAAAUGGGGGAUUAUUUAUUAUUAUUUAUUGUUAAAAACAUUUUAGAAGUUGAUACAGGACUGUGUGUACAUAUUGCAUGGUUUUUGUAAAUGUCACUAUACAUUGUGUAAAUACUUACUGUAAGAUCCAUGUAUAUAUUAUAUAUGUAUAUAUAUAAAAAAGCCACUUAAGCACUAUAUCUCUGUCCCUUUAUAAUAAAUAGCCUCGAGUAGGAAAAAUA